UCGCAUAAGUUGAAACGGGCCGCACAUUGUGUUUGUGUUUGACGCUAAGUUUAACCAUUGCGCUCGCCUUGCGCUAACGGAAACGGUCGGCAAAAAUUUAAAAUAAAUUUAGGGGAACCUCUGGAGAGCCAUGGGCUGCAAUGAUGAGCAAAGUGUGGACGAUCGCACAGGCUAUGUGCGGCUGCAGGAUAUACCCGCCUUGAAUCAGAGCCACUGCCGCAUCAGAGAGCCAGCGGUGGUGGAAAAUAAAAUCAACGAACUAAUUAACGGCGGACCGGAGCGCAUGCAAGUGGUCUCCGACUUUGAUUAUACGAUCACCAAGCAGCGCACCGACGAUGGCACUGCAGUGCCCUCAAGCUUUGGCAUAUUUAAUGCCUGUAAAUCGCUGCCGGACAACUUUAAAGCGGAGACCGAUAAGCUCUACCACAAGUACCGCCCCAUCGAAAUAGAUCCACACAUGCCGAUUGAUGAGAAAGUCAACUACAUGGUCGAGUGGUGGACCAAGUCCGGUGCAUUAGCCUCGGGAUUUGCAUUCGAUGAGUCCGAAAUAGAUCAAAUGGCUGGCAAAUUCAAACACGCGCUACGUGACCGAACGCACGAGCUUUUUCUUCUGCUGCAGCGUUUCCAAAUACCGGUGCUGGUGUUCUCAGCGGGGCUGGGCAACUCGGUGGUUUCGGUGCUGCGCCAGGCGAACAUAAUGCAUACAAAUGUCAAGGUCGUUUCGAAUUUUCUUAAAUAUCGCAAUGGCAUGCUGGACGGCUUCCAAAUGCCCAUGAUACACACUUUUAACAAGAACGAGACUGUGCUGGAUGGCCACGAAUAUUACGAGCUGGUGCAUACACGUGAUCACAUCAUAGUCAUGGGCGAUUCGCUGGGUGAUGCCGGCAUGGCCGAUGGCGUGCCCUCCUCUUCGCAUAUAUUGAAAAUUGGCUUUCUCUUCGAGCAUGUGGAGGCGAACAUGGAGAAGUAUAUGAAUACCUUUGAUAUUGUGCUCGUCGAUGAUCAGACAAUGGAUGUGCCGCUUGCAUUGCUGGGUCUCAUCGAGCGCCGUCAUCAACUGCGUCAUCCGCAUGAAAAUAUUGCAGCGACUGCGGCAGCGAACGUCGCAGCGGCGCCAAAUCAGCUGAGCGCUGCAAUUUGAAACGUAAAAACAACAAUAACUAGGUAGAAACACAAACAAAUUUUUAAAUUAGUUUCUUUAGCUUUAAAAAGCUCAUUCAUGUUUGAUUCAUGCUCAUACACAGCUGUAUUAAAAAUACGUACGUAAUAAAUUGACAUCUGUCUGAUUAGCAACA